GCUCCUCGCCGCGGUGGCUGCCAAGGGACCGUCGCCGUCUCGCCGCCUCUGCGCCGCUGUCUGGGCCCGGCCCGCGCCGCCGCCCGCCUUACCUUUCGUCCGUGGCCGGGCCUGCGGGAUGUUCAUCUUAAAAAUUAUGUGAAGAUGAAAAGGGAUAUCUUAUGGCUUUAUGAAAUAUAAAGCAAUAUUGUCUGACAUGACGGCAAAAAAUGUUGGUGUGACUUCCACAAAUGGAGAUUUGAAAGGAUUUAUAGAUCAGAACCAGAGUCCAACAAAAGGUAAUAUUUCUGUAAUCACCUUGCCAGUUUCCAGCACCAACUCUCCGACUAAGAUUUUGCCAAAAACCUUGGGACCAAUCAAUGUGAAUGUUGGACCCCAAAUGAUCAUAAGCACACCACAAAGACUGACCAGCUCAGGGAGUGUUCUGAUUGGGAGUCCGUAUAACCCAGCUCCAACAAUGGUCACACAGACACACAUAACAGAAGCCUCCGGCUGGGUCCCAGGGGAGCGAAAACGGACUCAAGAAAUUAUAGAGUCAGAUUUUUCAGAAAGUAAGAGAAGCAAGAAAGGAGAUAAAAAUGGGAAGGGUCUGAGGCAUUUUUCAAUGAAAGUUUGUGAAAAAGUUCAACGUAAAGGAACAACCUCAUACAACGAAGUAGCUGAUGAGCUCGUAUCAGAAUUCACAAAUUCUAACAGCCACCUACCAGCAGAUUCACAGGCUUAUGAUCAGAAAAAUAUUAGACGGAGAGUUUACGAUGCCCUCAACGUCCUGAUGGCAAUGAACAUCAUUUCAAAGGAGAAGAAGGAAAUCCGAUGGAUCGGCCUUCCUACGAACUCAGCUCAGGAAUGUCAGAAUCUAGAGAUAGAAAAACAGAAGCGGAUUGAAAGAAUAAAACAGAAGCGAGCCCAACUGCAAGAACUACUACUGCAGCAAAUAGCAUUUAAAAACUUGGUACAAAGAAAUCAGCAAAAUGAACAGCAAAAUCAAGGCCCUCCAUCUUUGACCUCAACAAUACAGCUGCCUUUCUUAAUAGUCAACACUAGCAAAAGAACAAUUAUAGACUGCAGCAUAUCAAGUGAUAAAUUUGAAUACCUCUUUAAUUUUGAUAAUACUUUUGAAAUUCAUGAUGACAGCGAGGUGCUGAAGAGAAUGGGAAUGUCCUUUGGGCUCGAAGCAGGCAAAUGCUCAGCUGAGGACCUAAGAACUGCAAAAUCACUGGUGCCAAAAGCUUUAGAAGGCUACAUCACAGAUAUGUCUACGGGAUUUUCAUGGAUAAACCAAGGGUUACUUUCAAGUUCAGCACAAGCAGUUUCCCAUUUUGAGGCAGCUCGAGGCACUUAUGAUGCUAAAUCAAGUGAGAAUCCAGGGUUGUGUUUGGAUGCUGAAGUGGCCUUAGCAACUGGGCAGCUGCUUGGCCCUAGCAGUCAGCAGUCCAGCAGCGCCGCGUCCCGGGGGGAGACGCCCUGCUCCUUCAACGAGGAAGAUGAAGAGGAUGAAGAUGAGGAUUCUUCCUCCCCAGAAUGAGGACAGUAGAAAAUGGAAUAUACAAAAUGCUGCUCAGAUAUUCUUAAUGGGAGUUCCUGUUUGGAUUUUACUGGUUUCUUGCCUUGGUGUUCACUGUGUUCGGUGAACCAAAAUGGAAGCUUCAAAACAAAUUUAUCCAUAGCUGAAAUUGAAGAAUUGUAUAACUGAACACAGAGUGACAUGCAGAGGCAGAGCAAAGUGGGUUUUAUAAACUAUAAACAAGGAAAAGAACAAAGUCCCUGGAGAUCUGGCCAAGUAAACCUUAAGUUCAUCUUUUCCAUUUUGGGACUCUCUGCCUUCCCCUUGUCUUUUUCAGAUGGAGAAGAAAACUGUCAGUCAGUAAAAGCCGAUUCUUGCAUUGUCUUUGCUGCCUUUCGAAAAGGGGGAGUGAGCACAUGCAAAUGUGCUAAAAUCUUUAUUUAAAACUAUCUUGUAUGAAAGUGGUUAUAAGGAAAGGGACUGUUAAAAUGUUUGCUUUUUAUCUGUUCAACUUGCUGUAUAGAAGAUUCUUAAAGUAAUAUAAAUUGCAAGUGAUUUAAUGAAUCUUGAGAUAGCUUAUAUCCAUUUUAGAUACUCUAAAAGCAACAUUAGUAUAAAAGGUUCAUAUGUUCAUUUAUAUUGCAGGCCUAAUUUAUUAUAAGUGAUUAUUCUUAGCCAUUAUUAAAACAGGAAACAAACAAUAUUCUCUGCACCAGCUUUUUUCAAGGAAAAUAAGUUAAAAAAUGGUAUUUCUAGAUUACAGCGUAUUCAGUGUAGCUUCUCCUUUACUGUUCUAACCUUAUAUAAUCCCUUUGAUAUUAGAGCAUGUCUUGUUCUUUUAAAAAAGGGCCUCCCACCGUCUUAAGGAUCUCAGGCAGCAUGUUUUCAAGGCAGUCUUUUCAAAUUUGGGGUGGGCAGGUCACAUAACUUCUAAAGUCAUAGGCUGAGGUUCUUAGGAAAAAGAAUAAGAUUUCAACAAUACAAUCAUUUCAUGUUUUGCAUUGUGGUCAGCUUGGAUUCUGACAGACUUUCUUAUCAGUAACUUCAGCUGCACUCACCUUGAUGCACCUUUGAAAGUUGUAUCAAACCACUUAAAAUAAUCUGUUGCUCAAGUUACCCAGCGUGUUUCAUCCCAUGAGAACUGUUUAAAUUAGACUUGCAGCAGGAGGCUGUGUUUUUCAUGGCUAAUAUCACAUCCAAUCAUAAAGACCUUUUAAAAAAGAAAACCUUGAAUAUCAAUGCAAAAUACACUGUAGAUGUACUCUUGCCAUGGUGUUCCAGCAUCCAGGACUUUGCCUCUAAGUUAACUAUUUUUUAUGAGGUAAAUCUUUCCAGUUUUUGCCCUGUCUGGUUGUUCUGUGUCUCAGCUGUCUGAGGCAGCUGUCCUGGCUCUGUUCCUGUGCUGGGGGAUGAGGCAGCUUGUGCUGUUCCUCACCUGAGCAAUGGCAGCAGCUACCCCUGGGCUGCUGGCAGCAUCUCUCUCACAGCCUGGGCUGUGUCCAGAUCAUCUUUUACAGCCAAACGUGUACUCACUGAGGCCAGCAAGAUCCAAAAACACCAAGCCUGAGCUAGACAGAGAAAAUGAGGCUCCAGCUCAAGAGCUGUCUUGCUGUGCGCAGGAGAUAGCACAGGGCUGGCUGCUCACAGGACAGGGGGAGUAGACAAGCACCUGCCACAUGUUUACAUUGCAAACUAAAGCAUCAGACAGAAACUUCUCACAGAUAGUUCAAACUGCAGCAUGUGAGGAGUACCAUGAGGGCAGCACCAGUAUGUGGACAUGGCUCUUGACUGAGCUGUUUUACACAAAUGCAAGGCAAAUGCACAAACUAAAAUUCUUACCAUGGUAUUCGCCCUUGGGGCAAGACUGUUAAGACCGUCCUGUGCUCGUGGCUCACAGGCAACAGCCGACCAAGGGCUUUCCACCCCCUCACUUCCACCAAAUCUGUAACACUACCUCCAUGCCAGAAAACUUUACAGAUACAAAAGAAUAUUCUUGCUGAGAGAGCCAAGUGGCUCACUUCUGAAAUAGAGGGAGAAGGGAACAGGUACUUCACACAUAUUACUAUGGAACUGUCAGCUUCAUGAUUGACAUUUCAUUUAAACAGAUCAUCACUUUCAUUCUUAAAAAAACCCAUUGCCUUUUCAAAAACUGCCCUGUUAGUCAGCUUUCAUUGGAGAGGGCAGAUCAAAGAUAACUCUAUAUGCAUGAUCCUAAGGAAUUCUUAAAGAGGGAAAUAGUUUCUAAAGUAGUUAUACCUCCUUCCCCAACAAUAUAUUAGGGACACAUUUAACUUUACACUUUCUUCACACUUCCUUCUCAAGAUCUGUGUAAAAAGAAAAACUAGCAAAACACUAAUCAGUUCCUAAAGAGCAGCAUUUUGAACUAUAAGAACCUGGCAAAAAAAGGCUUCCAGCCCAGAAAUGGAAUGUGUUUUAUCAGCAGUCAGUGGGCUUUCUGCUUUAAAGGGCGAAGAUCUUCAGUGACACCUUUCCUCCAUUGAUGUCUGUGCCCUUCAAAGCUGCAGCCUGCACAGCUUUCUGGCAAACAUCAAACUAUCACAUUUAAAGAUAAAAAAAUAAAAAAUAUGAGAGCACAUAUAACAUUUAUUUGACGUUGAACCAAGCCUUUAAAAGUUAUUUUUCCUGGAGUAGUUGAAUACAAAGUACAAAACAAGUUAGAACAUUUAGAAGAGACUUCAAAAGUAAAUUCUUUCCAUGGGUUUCUUUGUGCCAAGUACCAGUUGAGGACAAAGUUCAGCUGAAGCACAGCAGUCUUGUGGCUACACCAAAGUCUGGGAACUAGGAGAAUUUGGGGCCUUAUCCAGCCACAGUCCCUUGUGUACGAUCUCAGGCAAACCUUUCCAUCAUUCCUGAUGAUCUUAGCUGCCAUAUUUUAAAAAGAAACAAAAAACACACUCAAAACCCACAAACCAAAACAGGUAAAUACAAAACCUCACUAAAGGCAGCUGCUGCAAUUGUGAGUAAGGGGGUUGAGAAUAUUAACAAACCACAAAGCUCCCUCUAAGCUCAUGGCAGUGCUUGUGCUCAGCUGCUUCAACACACAGGCCCUUCCCUCCUGCUGAGAGCCAGCAAACACUUUCUACAAUAAAAUGGUCAUGACCAAGACUGGUUUUCCCAUUUUCUAUACAAUUCCCAUCAUCAUCUCCUGUCUCAUGCAAUAUCCCUGAUACUCAUUGACAGGAAUCAAGCAGCAACACCUGGUACUAGAUUAUACUUUAUAUAAGAAAAGUUAACAUUUAAAUUUUCAUGCAACUUAUAUUUAAGAUAACUUAAAGUGAAGUUUCUUGGAACACUCUCUCUUGGUUAUGCAUUCAGGGGGCACUUGGCUGCAAGCAGUAUAAUGCUCUAUGUAAAUGCCUUUAUAGCUAUAGUGCAGUAAACAACUUCAGUUCUGGACUAACUUUGUGGUGCUUGAAAAAUCUUAAUUUGACUUAGAAAAGCUUGUCAGCUCCACUAUCUAGAUGAAAAAGUAUGAGUGGGAGACAGCAUUUUUCUAUUAUGUGCAAAUCUGACAAUGUUUGUAGAUUUUGAUACUUAAAAUUGUAUUAAAGUGCACCAGUCUUCUCAUUUCCAUGCUGGAAUUAAUUGUCCACAAUCCACCUAAUCUCAGAAAGGGUAUGUAUCUAGUAAAUAAGACCAGUUCAACUGAAGGUAUGACUUAAACUAACACUGUUAAACCCAGUACAAGCCCUGCUGUAGGUGUUUCCAUUUUGGUUAAGGGGUUUUAAUUUUUAAACCACAGUUUGCAAAUACCCCAAAUCCUUUUGAGUAGCUGGAAAUUGCCAAGGAUACAGAAUUCCCACAGAAGGGCUUCUGCUGAUCAACUAUGUCAGCCUGAAGUAAAAUUAUUUUAAAAGGCCUAAUUACCAAAUUUUAAUCCUUUUGUUUUUAAAGAAAGAAAAACUAGGCCUUCAAGUUCAUAUUUUCAUACAUGAAGGAUGCUUGAAUUCAGAAUUCCAUAGUUAAGGUUUAAAAGUUCAGGUGCUCUUUCUUUUGAAUUAAAAUGGUGGAUUUGGUCAAGAGUAUGGCUGAAACUUAACCAUAUUUGAAAUCUGGGCAAUACUCUUUUUUUGUAGUUAACUGGCCCUUUUCAGCUGAAAAUAAUCCAGGCAGUUGAUUGUAAAAACUUUCCUUUUAGUGAGUUAAAGAUGUUUGGGGUUUGGAUUCAUUUAAAAACAAAGCCAGUACCACAGGGUAUGGUAUAGAGAAAACAAACGAAAGCAAGCUAUCUCCUGCCUGACCCACCUCAUUUAUAAAUUUUCAUUCCAGGAAUCUCUCAGGAACAUCAUGAUAUUAAAUACCCAGACGUAAUGAACUAGGGAAAGACUAUGUCUGCUUUUUUAAUUUGUGAUUUUAAAAAUGCUAGUAAUAGUCACACUUUGAGGUGACAUCCUUCUGCUGCAGUUGGGUCACUCUGAGGCUGAAGGUGUCUCUAGUGUCAGCACUGGGAGUGGUGCCUUUUGCAGCAUUAGUGAUGAACAGGGGAGGGAGAGGCCAAGGACCUGUUUAUGGAAAUUUGUUCUUUAAAGUGUGCCACUUCUUGAAUUCUGGCCUCUGUCUGCAAGCAAUGCACCAAUGAAUCAUUUGUUAAUUGUGGACAUCACACACCAACCUGAGCACAUGAACAGCUCUAAAAACUUAGUUUUCUGCUGGCAGGUGUUCACACAACUGAUCCUGAUACCAUAAAACUUCAUGAAACUCAUUCCUUAGACUUAACAAAGUUCCCAAAUCAGAUGAUCUCUUUCCUGUUUAGCUGUUAGGAUUUUGUCUGGUGAGUAUUUUUAAGAGGCUGUGAGUAACUCUACUUUCCCCGAUCCGUGUAUAUUGCCAAAAAAUACCCAUAACCAGUGUUACUGUGUGUGCAAGAAGCCCCCAGCUCCUUCAACCUGAUUGCCUGAGGUGGCAUUUGUGGAUCCCUCCCCAGCUGGCACUGACAGUGAGGGCAAUGCUCAUUAAAGCAGUCUGGCAGUAACAGCUGAAGAGGCUGUUUAUCGCAGCAGUUCAGAGACCGUACACUCUCCACCUUUAAUACCUUGUCUGCCCACCCAGAGAUCAGACAAAACCAAAAUGUUUUCUUUCUGCUUCCAUAUUUUUAACAGCACCAAAGAAUCCAACAUUUGGGAUAGCGACCUAAACUGCUCAAAAUUGGGCAGAAGUAGCAUCUGAGAUCUAACCAUCCAAAUCCCAAGGGAAAGCCUCCUGCUUAGGAACAAUAUGGAGCAAAUAAAUACUUCUGCAUUUAUCUAAGAAGAAAAACAGACUGACCUGGGUCACAUCAGUAUCUGUAAAAGAGCCAUGAUAAUUCCAAGCAGAUACAGGAACCUCCCAGUAGCCCAAACUUGCAUCUCUUCUUAGUCUUCUAUAUUGGCUAGAAAAGUGCAGUCACUUAAAUCUGAUUUCUCUAAAUGCCAUUCUAAAGUACUCAACACUCUCUAGGCAUAGGUACUUUAGAUAUAUAGACACCACGGGAUAGAGGAUACAGCAAUGUCAAAUUUAAAUGCAGUUGUAGAUGCAAAGCCAACUCAUCUAUGCAGAAACUUUUCCCAAGACAAAAGGAGUCUUUACUGGUGAGUUGGUUUUAGCCCAUUCUCCUCUCCAGGCUGAGUGAAACACUCAUCCCUCACACUGCCUGGUUCCUGUGCUGCUCACCCACAUAAUCCAGGCAGCCAGAGAGGGAAAACCACCACAUAUCCACAGCCCUUCCCGCUGACAUUUCAGGUCACAUACAACUGCUCUGCAUGGCCACAGAAGUUAAAACAAUCAGAAAAGGUGAAGUCCACCAAACCACUCUCCAGGCUUUUUGAUGGGUUUGUUAAAUUGCUAUUGUAACUUUAACAAUUAGUAGAUUUGGUUGUACUAAUGUGGAGAUUAAGUGAAUCUCCCAGAAUUCCCCCAGGAAACACCAGCUAAAUCAAGACCCAUCACACAAGUUUCUGAAACAUUCCCUUGCUUUUCAUGCUGUAUACAUGAAAAAUACUUCAGAGAAGGAUAUGCAAAUGUUAUGACACUGUAACUCACAAGCACCUACUGUAAAAAAAUGAAUCCUACUUUAAGCAAACCUGUAAGAAGUAGGAUGUGAGCCUGUCCUCGGUCCUCAGGCCCUGACUGCAAACCAUGCCCUGGGACCAAGGCACAGCUUUUGUGUUUGCAUAUCCUACACAGCAUCAGGAGAAACUGGCGAGCAAGCACAGGCAGAGUUUUACACCAGGACUUGUUGGCACCUGGAGGAUGAUCUGGCAGUAGAUGAGUCCUUGGCAAGGAGGACUGAUGCUGAGUUCUUAAUGCUGAUGUGCCAUCAGCCCAUGUUCUGAAGGUGCUGCAACAUGCAGCAAGGGAUAGAAAAGGCAGGUCCAGCCCUCCAUCCCCCUUACGGUAGCACUUUUUAAUAUCCACUAGAUUCUACAUGGAAGUAAUUGUAGAGACGUUUCCUUUUUAUAUUUAAAAUGCAGAAACCACUUGAAAGUCCAUUAACUUUUAAAUUAAACUUUUUUUUAAAGAACAAGGCCAGUCAUGGACAAAGCUAUUUAAUGACCUCCAACGCUGAACUCAAAGCAGGGAUUUGUAAACAUGGUGGGUGGGAAGAGACAAAUCCAAUUACAAGUAUGCUAAUUAUAUGGGAUUUGAAAUUUUAAUUAAUUUUUUAAUCUAUUCAUCUUGCUCUCCCAACAUGUGUAUUGGCACAAAGCGUCACACAAACACUUUAGUGGAAAUUUUUCUCCCUUUUCUUGUGCUAAACUCCUGUAUCUUCAGGAAAGCCCAAGUUUCCCACUCAUCUUCAUUUGCUGCAUAUUUUUGAAUUCUCCAUAGAUUUCUUUCUUUCCAAAUACUAUAAAUUAAAAAUGCAAGUUUUAUUUUUGCAGAAAGUCUGCUAUUAAACUAUGCUGAUUUUUUGUCCUGAUCAAAGAGUGCUAAUUUCCACUACCACAUUGUAGGUGGCUAGGAGUAGUGCAAAAAAGAACGUGGUAGUAUUUUAUGUGCUUUAGACACUGACAAAGAUAUAAAGAAAAGUGCAUAUACAAAGUUUUACUUUCCUAAUAGGAACACUGGCAUUAGCAAAUAGUAUAUUUGAACCAAUAGGAAAUAUUACUUUGUAGUAGCAAACAUUUUGUAAAUAAAAACUUGUUAUUUUUUUAAUGGAAAUUUUAUAGAAGCUUUUUCUGUAUACUCAAUUGAUCCCAUGUUUACUGAAAAUGCUGCAAGUGGGAAUUGUACAUUGCAGAUGUGGGUGGGGAGCAGACAGUCUGACUGAGGUGAAAGCUCUGUAUGCUUGGAAGAGAACAUCCAGUUUGAUGUGAACUGAAAUGUAAACCUUAACUGUAGAAGAACUGAAUAAAAUAAU